GUCUGCUCCCUCUACCCGCCGAAGCCUAGUUGCUCGCCCUGCCCGGUGCGUGGGAAGAUGGUAAGGGCUCUCUAGGAUCAUGCCCCGCCCAAUGCGAUGUGGCUUUCUCCUCCUGGCCUCCUGCUGCUCCCUCCUGAGCGUUGCCCCGGGGUGGGCCUGCCCGGCGCGCUGCGAGUGCACCCCUCAGCUCAAGUCCGUCUCCUGCCAUCGGAAACGCCUGACGUCCGUCCCGGAGGGGAUCCCGACCGAGACGCGGAUCCUGGAGCUGAACAAGAACCGCAUCCGCUGCUUGAACGCGGGCGAGCUCUCCUCUUUCCCCAUGCUGGAAGAGCUGGACUUCAGCGAGAACGUCAUCUCCAGCGUGGAGCCCGGGGCCUUCGGCAACCUCUUCAGCCUGCAAGUCUUGCGGCUUCGGCGCAACCAGCUCAAGCUGAUCCCUGCGGGAGUCUUCCACAAACUGGCCAACCUGAGCCUGCUGGACAUCAGCGAGAACAAGAUCGUCAUCCUCCUGGACUUCGCCUUUCAAGACCUGGUGAGCCUGAAGCACCUGGAAGUCGGGGACAACGACCUGGUCUACAUCUCCCGGAAGGCCUUCUCCGGCCUGCUCAGCCUCCGGGAGCUGACCAUCGAGAAGUGCAACCUGACGGACCUCUCGGCCGAGUCCCUCUCUCGCCUGCAAAGCCUGGAGGCCCUGCGGCUCAGGCACCUCGGCAUCGGCCUGCUGGAAGACCAGAACUUCCGGAGGCUCGGCCGCCUGCGGCUUCUGGAAAUCGACAACUGGCCGUUGCUGGAGGACAUUUCGCCCAACGCCUUCCAGGGCCUCAACCUCACCUCCCUCUCCGUCACCUUCACCAACAUCACGGCCGUGCCGACCGCAGCCCUGAGGAGCCUGGGGCACCUGGCCUACCUCAACCUCUCCUACAACCCCAUCAGCACCGUGCCGAGGGGCUCCUUCCGGGAGCUCACCCGUCUGAGGGAGCUGCACCUGGUGGGCGCCCUGCUGGUCUCCGUGGAGCCCCAGGCGCUGUCCGGGCUGAGGCAGAUCCGCCUACUGAACCUCUCCAACAAUCUCCUGUCCACGCUGGAAGAGAGCACCUUCCACUCCGUCAACACCCUGGAAACCCUCCGGCUGGACCAGAACCCCCUGGUCUGCGACUGCCGCCUGCUCUGGAUCCUCCAGCGCCGGAAGACGCUGAACUUUGAUGGGCAGCCCCCCAUGUGCUCCUCUCCCCUCGAGAUCCAGGGCGACGCCCUGCACGGCUUCCCAGACUCCGUCCUCUUCGAGUACUUCACCUGCCAAAAGCCCAAAAUCCGGAACCGCCACCUCCAGCGCGUGACAGCUCGCGAGGGGCAGGCGGUGUCCUUCCAGUGCCAGGCCGAGGGGGAGCCCACGCCCUCCAUCAGCUGGGUCUCUCCUCAGCAUCGGAUGAUCACCUCCAAGAGUUCGGGCCGGGCCACCGUGUCGCCCGGCGGGACGCUGGCAAUCCGCUACGCCCAGGUCCAGGACAGCGGCACCUACAUUUGCAUCGCCAGCAACACUGCCGGCAACGACACCUACUUUGCCAUACUGACCGUCAAAGGGCCCUCCGCCGACGGCAUCCCGGAUGCCAACCGGACAUCGUUGCUGGGCGAGUUCAACGAGACUUCCCACAACGACAGCCGGGUCUUCAUCAAGUUCACCCUGGACCUCAAGACCAUCCUGGUGUCCACGGCCAUGGGCUGCAUCACCUUCCUGGGGGUGGUGCUCUUCUGCUUCCUGCUACUCUUCGUCUGGAGUCGGGGCCGGGGGCAGCACAAGAACAACUUUGCUGGGGAGUACUCCUUCCGCAAGGUGGACGGCCCCACCUCGGCCUCCGGGCAGGGGGGAGCCAGGAAGUUCAACAUGAAGAUGAUCUGA